UUUCACUUAUGUUGCCAAGCACAAUUGGCCUUAUUUGUUAGGAAUUCUGUUCUGGCUUUCAAAUGUAUGUAAGUUUCUUGUAAAUUUUGACUUGAAGACAAUUUUUAGCGGUGGUGAAGAUGAAGGGUCAAACGAAAAUGCUGUCUUGGGUCCUUAUAUUUGUUCUGCUUACUUCAAAGGAUCUAUAGAUGAAGAGGAAGAAAAAGAAAUGUUUACAAAAAUUAUAAGAUCUCGGAGAGGAGAAAACUUAGAAGAUUUGAAACAGAAGUAUGAAGAGAAUAAAGCAGUGCUUGAGAAAUUGCAAGACAAAUAUAAUGCAGUUCAAGAUCUGAUCAGUGAAAAUAAGCAACUAGAUUCACAAAUUUUGGAUUAUGAAGAUUAUUUCUUGAAGAUGACGCAACAUAUGCAAAAUAGAGUUAUUGCACGAGAAAAAUUGAUGGACAAAUUGAAAAAACAAGAAUGUGAAUUGGAGAAAUUAAAGAAUGAAAUUUCUCAGAAGCUUGCAGUCUAUGAUGCUCAGGGCUUUGACGGAAGAAAGCAACAGCAGCAUUUUACUACCCUGAAACAGGAGCUGCAUGAGAAUUACGAACAAAAAGAACUAGUUUUUGAUGAACUGAAAAAUUCUUGCUGGGAAAAGGAGAUACAGUGUACAGAAACUAUAGAAAAGUUGUCUUCAGUUUGUAGUGACUUCAAUAAUUUGUAUACAAGUUCUGCUGAAUCAGCUGCAAAUAUGUUUGGUUCCAUAAAACAUUCAAGAAGUCCAAAACUGGAAAAAUUAUGGAAGAAUAUAUGA